AUGGCGGCGCGGGCGUGGCGCGGCGCGGCGGAGCGGGCGGCGGGGCCGGGCGGGCCAUGAAGCUGCUGCGGGCGGCCCUGGGGCUGGCGCUGCUGCCGCUCCUCCGGCCGGCGAACGCCGUGGAGCCCAUCAGCCUGGGGCUGGCCAUCGCGGGAGCCGCCGCCUCGGCCAUCACCGGCUUCAUCUCUUACCCGCGGCUCUAUUGCUACUUCAGAGAGUGCUGCCUCCAGCACCGCGACCAGCGCGCCGUGGCCGCUCUGCAGGAGAAUUUGGACAAGAAGCUGUUCGGGCAGCACCUGGUGAAAAAGGUGGUGGUGAAGGCCGUGAAGGGCUUCUUGAACAACAGCAAAUCCAAAAAGCCUCUCGCCCUUUCCUUGCACGGCUGGACUGGAACAGGCAAAAACUUUGUCAGUAGGAUAGUCGCUGAAAGCAUUUAUAAAAGAGGCCUGCAGAGCAAGUAUGUCCAUCAGUUCGUGGCGACUUUACACUUCCCUCACGCUCAGAGCAUCAACACCUACAAGGACCAGUUGCAGUCGUGGAUUCGGGGAAAUGUGACCAUCUGUCCCAGAUCACUCUUCAUCUUUGAUGAAAUGGAUAAAAUGCAUGCAGGACUCAUUGAUUCCAUCAAGCCAUUCCUGGACUACUAUGAGCUGCUGGAUGGGGUGUCUUACCGACAAGCCAUCUUCAUAUUCCUCAGCAAUGCAGGAGCUGAAAAGAUAACUGAGGUGGCACUAGACUUCUGGAGAAAUGGGAAGACAAGGGAAGAUAUACAGCUCGCAGACAUGCAGAAUGCACUCUCUGUGUCUGUCUUCAACAACAAAAAUAGUGGAUUUUGGCACAGCACCUUGAUUGACAAAAAUCUCAUUGACUACUUUGUUCCCUUCCUGCCUCUGGAAUACAAACAUGUGAAGAUGUGUGUCAGGGUGGAGAUUGAAUCACGUGGCUACACUGUGGAUGAAGACAUUUUAAGCAGAAUAGCUGAUGAAAUGACCUACUUUCCCAGAGAGGAGAGAAUUUAUUCAGAUAAAGGAUGUAAAACUGUGGAUGCAAAGCUGGAUUAUUACUAUGACUUCUAAUGCUUUAUUGCUCCAACCUGCAAAGAAGCCAGUAUAACUUAAUCAUCAAGUGGAGAACCCAGAACAUUUCAUUUUUAAGCACUUUUUAAGGAAAGGAACAUUGUGGUUUUUUAACUGGUGUGUAAAUAAGCAGCAGUGCCUCUACAUUUUCAUUCUGUCACUAGUCAUGGCUCUGGAGUUCUUCGUCCUUGUGUUGCCAAGGUAAGAAUAAACCAUGUUGUGAACGUGGGGGUCUGUGUAUGACAGAUCUGAAGACUCCUCUUGGAUCAUGUCUCUGUUGUCAGAACUGCUUGGUGGACUUUUGGCACUUACAGGACCGACCAUGAGCUAAUUUUAAUUGGAGUUUGGUUUAAUGUGGAUCAUCUCUAGGCAAUGUUGAGAAUUUUAAUCAAGUUACUACGUCUCUGAAAGUCUUCACUGGGCUUGUGUGGGAAUGUUCUUCUAAUUGCAUUAAAAAUAGGGUAUGUGUCUUUUCUCCUUGAACAGCUUGGUUCCAGUAAAGAUAAGGGGGGAGGAUUCUGUGAUUUAAAAACAUUGGGAGACUUCUCUCCACCAUCACGCAGUGGUUUAAAUUGGCUCCCUCAGUGUCAAAGCAGGAGUAUGAAGCUCUUUGGUGUGACUAGUGUUCAGAGAGCAGACUUAAUGUUAAGAGGAAGUGAGUUAAAAUCCUUGGCUGCCACACCAGUGUAGUUGGCUCCUGUUUUGAGGGUGUUUUUUUAUGUACAACGUUGCUCACAGUAUGUUCUGCCAGGUGUAAUCUCAGGAGGGAGGAGUGUGUUUUCUGACUGGUGAAGCAGCUUCAUGGAAAAAGUGUAAUUAAUGGAGAACAUGUAGAGAUUAAAUCUUACACCAAGGAGGUGGAAAAGAGGAUUCUCCUUUUCACCUGCAUGUAGAAUUCAGGGGGCAGCUUGCAGGGUUUUCUCUCUUUUAUCUUCUCACUCUGUGCCUGAGAGGCAGGGAUGGAGACAGAUCCAAAGGCAUUUGAAAAGAAAAUGUGACACGUGUCAACUGCAGUUACUAAGAGUAUCAGACUUGUUUCUAAAUGUGAGCACUGCAGAGGCUUUUUUCACUCCAGUUUCUAUUCAAAAUAAACUUCUCGUCAGAAAUGUA